UUUUGGGUCGCUCUCCGCCGUCGUUUGUUGUGGCUGUUAAAUUUUAAACUGCCAUGCACUCCACUUCCAGUAUGCUGGGAGCGGUGAAAAUGGAAGGCCAUGAGCACACGGACUGGAGCAACUACUACGGGGAGCCCGAGGGCUACUCCUCGGUGAGCAACAUGAACGCGGGGCUGGGCAUGAACAGCAUGAACACCUACAUGACCAUGUCGGCCAUGAGCAGCACGGCCAACAUGACGGCGGCGGCCACCUCCAUGAACAUGUCCUACGCCAACACGGGCAUGAGCCCCUCGCUGACGGGCAUGUCCCCGGGCGCGGGGGCCAUGCCGGCCAUGGGCUCGGCCGGCGUGCCGGGCAUGGGCGCCCACCUGAGCCCCAGCAUGAGCCCCAUGGGCGGCCAGGCGGGCUCCAUGAACGCCCUGGCGCCCUACUCCAACAUGAACUCCAUGAGCCCCAUCUACGGCCAGUCCAACCUGAACCGCUCGCGCGACCCCAAGACCUACCGGCGCAGCUACACGCACGCCAAGCCGCCCUACUCCUACAUCUCCCUCAUCACCAUGGCCAUCCAGCAGUCGCCCAACAAGAUGCUGACCCUCAGCGAGAUCUACCAGUGGAUCAUGGACCUGUUCCCCUUCUACCGCCAGAACCAGCAGCGCUGGCAGAACAGCAUCCGCCACUCGCUCUCCUUCAACGACUGCUUCCUCAAGGUGCCGCGCUCGCCGGACAAGCCGGGCAAGGGCUCCUUCUGGACGCUGCACCCGGACUCGGGGAACAUGUUCGAGAACGGCUGCUACCUGCGCCGCCAGAAGCGCUUCAAGUGCGAGAAGCAGCUGGCGGCCAAGGACGGCUCUGCGGGCGCCGGGGCGGGCGGCAAGAAAGGCCCAGGCCAGGCCGCCAGCCAGGCCCUGGGCGAGGGCAGCUCCUCGGGGGGCUCCGACGGCUCCGCGGGCGCCGAGUCCCCGGCCAGCUCCUCGCCCUGCCAGGACCACAAGCGCACCCUGGCCGACCUCAAAGGGCUGAGCCCCGGGGAGCCUUCGGCCUCGCCGGGGCAGCACCUGCUGGCGCCGCCGCACGCCGGGCUGGCCCACGAGGGGCACCUCAAGCCCGAGCACCACUACGCCUUCAACCACCCGUUCUCCAUCAACAACCUGAUGUCCUCCUCGGAGCAGCAGCACCACCACCCGCACCAUCAGCACCACCACCCGCACAAAAUGGACCUGAAGGCCUACGAGCAGGUGAUGCACUACUCGGGCUACGCCUCGCCCGUGCCCGCGGGCCUGGCCAUGGCGCCCGUCACGAACAAAAGCGCCCUGGAGGCCUCGCCUUUGGCUGGAGAGACUUCCUACUACCAAGGCGUGUAUUCCCGGCCAUCAUGAACUCCUCCUAAGCAGGAAAAGCUCCUGGAAAAAGGGGGAAACCUUUCUCCCCCCCCUCCCCAAUACCCCUCGCAGUGGACUCUGAGCACGGUACAUAUCCGGUAUAUAUAUAUAUAUAUCUAUUUUUAUUUUUUUUUUCUGUUGGCUCCAGAUGUUUGCAUCCAUUCGGAAAUCUGUAGCCGUGUGGCCCCUUCCCAAAUCCACCCAGGGAGGGGGCGAAUCUCCACGUGGGGUGGUUUUG